AUGGAAAACAUUAUUAACUUCCAAGAAGAUUUGUAUGAACGUAUUGUAAAGGCAAAGACUAAUUUUAAGAAAUCGCCUAAAGAACGUAUAACCAAAGAAUAUGUAGAUAGUAGACUAGAAAAUCUUGAACAAUUGUGGUUUGAAUUUCUGUCUGGUCACAAAGACUUAUUUAGAAGCUAUAAUGCAAAGGAUGUUAAAGGUUCAAGUUAUGUCACUAAAAAUGUUUAUGACAAAGCUGAAGAAAUGUAUUUAGAAUAUAAGUGUGAUCUUAAAACGUUAUCUAAACAAUUUGAAUCAAAAUUAAUAGUUGAAAGUAAUGAACCGAAACCUAAAGUUUCAAAUAGAAUGCAUGCAAACUAUCCACAAAUAAAUAUACCUCACUUUUCUGGAAAUUACCAAGAGUGGACAACGUUCAAAUCUCUCUUCAAAUCUCUUGUUAUUAAUAACGAAUGUUUGGAUGAGAUUCAAAGACUUCAUUACCUCAAAUGUUACCUUAAAGGAGAAGCCGAACAGUUAAUUAAACAUGUACCUAUUGAGGAAGGAAACUUUGAGCGUUGUUGGCUAGUGGUAAACGAACGAUACAAUGAUAAAAAGUGGAUAUGUCAUCACGUUCUUAAAAGAUUUUUGAGCCAGAAAAAUCUUACCACCGAGUCCAGUGUCGGGCUAAAAGAGCUUGUAGAUACUACAAAUGAAUGUUUGGCAAGUUUGGCAAGUUUAGGAAUAAAAGUUGAGGAAUGGGAUAUGAUCGUCAUUCAUCUAAUUAAUUUAAAACUAGACCCAGAGACACGUCGUCAGUGGGAAUUUCAUUGUACCGCAAAAACUACUUCUGACGAAUUGCCCACUUAUCAAUUGUUUGUUAAUUUCCUUAAGGAACGAUUUUCAGCUAUCAACCGGUUGUCACAAUCAAAUAAACCUAUUAACACUACAACUAAAAUAAAGGCGUUACAUAUUACAAAGACUGUAACUUGUGUCUUAUGUAAAGAAAAUCAUAAAAUUAAUCAAUGUACGCAGUUUCACAAGGCGUCAAUUGACGCACGCCGCAAAAUUGUUACUAACAAUAACUUGUGUUUUAAUUGCUUGGGUGAAAAUCACUCUGCCAGGGAAUGCCACAGCAAGGUGAAAUGUCGUGUGUGUAAGCGUUCACACAACUCUCUUUUACACCCCAAGGGUGAUAAUAACGGGAAUAAUGAGGCAAGUGAGAGUAUUGCCUCUUCGUCAAAUGAUACAUCGCAAGUAGUCUCAUGUUUAGCAUCGAGCACACUCACUUAUCAGCAAGUACUACUUGCAACUGCAUUGGUCAAGGCAGUUUCACGAAGGGGGGAAAACUUAAUUAUCCGAGCCUUGAUCGAUCAAGGGUCGCAGUCGUCUUUCAUAACGGAAUCGACUGUGCAAUACCUGGGGCUGAAAAAGAUGUCAGCUAAGGGACGAAUAUCAGGCUGCGAAGACAACACGUGGAGAUGCAGAUGGUCGCUAUGUCGUUCGUCUUCCGCUCAAGAGCGAGAAUCCUCAAGUGACAUCUUCACGGGAAAUCGCCGAGAGAAGGCUAAAAUCAUUAGAACAUAA